UAAAAAAAAUAUUUUCUACAUUUCAAGAGCUUGAAGAAGCGCGAUGCGUAAUGGGAUAUGUAUCUUGGUCCACGUGGUUGAACAAACGUCUGAUCGUGUUGUCAGUACCAGACAUUCAUAAUGGUUGGAUUGAAGAAGAAAAGUAAACGCAUCACAACAAAGAGGCGUGUCAAAAUUGAAAAGAAGAUCAAAGAACACAACAGAAAGAAAAAAAAGGAAGCAAGAAAUAAUCCAAGGAAAGGAAAGAAAAAAGACCCGGGUGUUCCAAACAGUCUGCCUUUCAAACAGCUGGUUUUAGAAGAGGCAGAGUUACAAAAGAAAAAGCGAGAUGAAGAAAGGGAGAAACAGAGACAAAAGCAGAAGAAAGAACGAGAAAAGUUGAACAAAAAUAGAAACCUUGAGGAGCUUGUGGAUGAUGCUAAUAAGCGGCAGCAAGAGUUUGAGAAAAAGAAAGCUGCUCAAGAAAAGAAGGCCUUGGGUGAAAAACAAAAGAAGCCACCAGAGAGUUCCCUGAAAGCUUAUUUCAGGGAAUUUAGGAAGGUGGUUGAUACAGCUGAUGUUGUCCUUGAAAUUCUGGAUGCAAGAGACCCAUUGGGCAGUCGCUGUCAGGCUUUGGAAGCUGAAGUUCUUUCCUCUGGCACCACCAAAAAGCUGGUGCUAGUUCUGAACAAAAUAGAUCUCGUUCCCAAGGAGAAUGUAGAAGCAUGGUUGACAUACCUGCGCAAUGAAUUUCCAACAGUAGCAUUCAAGGCCUCAACACAAAUGCAAAAUGACCACCUGUCACAAAGAAAGGCAUCACUUGCUUCUGCAAGUGCUGAUCUGAUAAAGUCCAGCCAUUGUCUGGGUGCUGAUGUUCUCAUGAAACUGCUAGGCAAUUACUGCCGAAAUCAAAAUGUGCGGACAUCGAUUAGAGUGGGUGUAGUUGGCUUUCCAAACACCGGCAAAAGUAGUAUUAUUAACAGCCUGAAGAGAUCCAGAACCUGCAGUGUUGGAGCAACUCCUGGCGUUACAAAAACUAUGCAGGAAGUAAUUCUUGACAAGCACAUCAGGCUUCUGGACAGCCCAGGUGUUGUCAUGGCAACUCAGCAGUCUGAAACAGCUGCAGUACUGAGGAAUGUUGUUAGGCUGGAAGAACUGGAUGAUCCAGUCCCAGCUGUUGAUGCAAUUUUGAAGCGCUGCAGUAAGGCACAAAUGAUGCUACACUAUAACCUUGCAGACUUUAAGAAUGUUGACGAGUUUCUAGCGUUGUUAGCAAUACGAAGAGGACAGCUUCGUAAAGGAGGGGUUCCUGACACCAAAGCAGCAGGUCGAGCGGUGCUAAAAGACUGGACAAGUGGGAGAAUUACAUACUAUACCCACCCACCAGAACAGCAUCAGCUACCGACCCAUAUCAGUGCUAGCAUUGUGUCGGAGAUGAGCAAAUCAUUUGACAUAGAAAGCCUUUUAACUGACGAAUCAAACAUUCUGAAAGGUCUCGUUCCAACAAAGAGCAGUCACAUGCUGGUGGAUUCUGUGGGGCCACUCCCGGUUAUAGUUGAGGAAUCCGAUUUACCAGAGGAUGGAUGUAGUGAAACUAAGGAGAAGAGUAAUCCAGAAGAGGAAGAUAGUGGUGAAAAAAUGGUUGAUGAAGAUGAGGAUAAAGAUGACCUUGGGGAGAUGGGCAAAGUGACUGUAUCGUUACCCAGUUCUAGAACUGAAGAAGCCAGCAAAGUGGAGCCAACUUUAGGAGUAAAGCGAAAGAGAGCAGACACCAGCCAGCCUAGUGGCUCAGGUUUAAACUCUGAAAAUACUCAGUCAAACAAACUCCGAAAGAAGGCAUUUAAGAAGAUGAAGAAAGACAGGAAAAGAGCUGAUGUUGUGUCCGACAAGCUGUCAAGUGCACUAGAUACUGCAUUUGGUGUUGGCCUUGGAGAUGACAGUGGUGAUGAUUAUGACUUUUCAACAGAUUUCACGUGAUGUUUACUGGGGGUUUAGAAGACUUUUCAUACAAUAAAUAGAAGUCUUUCAUUAUUAAUGAUUUGUUUGGAAAUUUAAGAUCAUGUGUAAAUUGGCUUCCAAGAUACUGUCCCAUCUGUGUUUCUCUAAAACAUUGCCUAAAGCUGGAUGUUCUUUGUCAAAUAAACUUUUACAUGCUUUGA